AACUCAAUUUGUCAAUGUCACGUGUGUGGUGUUUGCUGUUUGUGUUCACAUGUGGAUUUUUAAUAAAAACAAUUGAUAUUUAAUAAUAAAUAAACCCUAAAAGAUUCCCUAUUAUCAUAAUGAAAGAAAAGAAGACGGUGCGAUAUUUUGAUAUUGAGUCUAAUAAUAAAGACGAAAACAAUAAGGAUCAAAAUGUGAAGGUGUUUAAAAUUAAAUCGACAUCAAAGAUUCUAAAAGCUCAAAGAUACAAGCAAAACAAAAAUAUACACACAAAAAAGAAGCAUUCAAAAAAUUCACAACAAUUUCCUGGCAAAGCUCCUAUAAACCCUGAGAAGUUAGAAGAGCAUAAAAGAGGUGAAGGACUUGGUAAAGGUGUGCGACACCCAUUGCAUGCAUUGAAAUUAAAGAAGAGGGAACAUAAGUUUAAGUAUGCAGAGGAACAGGCUACAAGGGCUGAUAUUCUGUUAACUGAGGACCAAGGUUUUCUAGAAGUAGAGGAAGACAAUCGCACCACUGGCAUCACGCAAAAAGUUAUUGCAGAUAAUGUAGACAUUACAGCGGCCACUAAGAUAUUUGAAUUGAACCUCGCCUUUGGUCCAUAUCAAGCAAAAUAUUCUUGCAAUGGCAGACAUCUGUUAUUGGGCAGUAAAAAGGGACAUCUAGCAGCAUUUGAUUGGGUGACUAAGAAAUUACAUUUUGAAAUUAAUGUUAUGGAAUCCAUACAUGAUAUGAGUUGGCUACACGUUGAAACUAUGGUCGCCGCCGCUCAAAAGGAAUGGUUAUACAUUUAUGACAACACUGGAAUUGAACUACAUUGCAUAAAGAAAAUGGACAAGAUACUGAGGAUGGAGUUUUUGCCAUACCACUUUUUACUAGCUGCUGUUAACGAAUUUGGAUUUAUGUCAUGGUUGGAUAUAUCUAUAGGGGAAAUUGUUGGACACUAUAACAACCACAUGGGACGGACAUCGGUUAUGACACAAAACCCGUACAACGCCACUCUAUGUUUGGGAAAUUCAAAGGGAGUGGUGUCUCUUUGGUCACCGACCGUGAAGAAACCCUUGGCAAAGAUAUUGUGCCAUAAAACGCCAUUGACCGCGAUUGCUGUAGAUAGCCGGGGCAUGUACAUGGCCACGUCGGGUGUCGAUAGGAGCCUAAAAAUAUGGGAUAUCAGAAAUCUGGACGGACCGUUACAACAUUAUAAACUACGCAGUGCUCCUUUAAAUCUAGAAUUUUCUCAGAAAGAUAUGUUGGCGGUAGGUCUCGGAGAAACUGUGGAAAUAUACAGUAAUUGCUGUACACAAACAGUUGAAGGACCAUAUUUGAGGCACAGAAUGGCAAAAACUAUUAACAAUUUCAAGUUCUGUCCGUACGAGGAUGUUUUAGGAAUAGGUACUAGCAAUGGAUUCACGAGCAUCAUUGUACCAGGCAGUGGUGAACCAAACUUCGAUGCUCUCGAGAGCAAUCCCUUCCAAACAAAAACACAAAGGAAAGAAGCGGAGGUUAAGGCGUUACUUGAGAAAAUACCUGCAGAACUUAUCACACUUAACCCGUCGGAUGUUAUGGAAGUAGAUGUACCGUCUAUGAAAGACAAAAUUGAAGCUAGGAAGAAUCUUCUGUAUUUGAAACCUAAAAAGGUCGAUUUAACGCCGAGACAUAAGAAGAAAGGUAAAACUAACAUCGCAAGAAAGAAAAUAAUAAAGGAAACUGUGAGAAAGGAAUAUAUAAACCAAUCAAUGGAAGCAAAGAAGAUCCUAGCUGAGCCAGAAAAACAGUAUGUGCCAAAACAGUCAUUCGGUGUUUUAGAUAGAUUUGUUCCCAAGCCCAAACCUAAGAAAUAAAAUGCGUAUUUUUAAUUAAAAA